CCUCAAAAGCACACACUCGGGAAAACUCCUAAAUUCUCAGCGCUGUCUUUAAACUUUAGUCCCUCUUCUCUCUGCCCCUUUCUUCCGUCGAAACUUUCCAGAGAGUUCGAAUCCACCAAACCAUGGCGACCGUUAUGCAGAAAAUCAAAGACAUCGAAGAUGAGAUGGCUAAGACCCAAAAGAACAAAGCUACUGCUCAUCAUCUCGGUUUGUUAAAGGCAAAACUGGCAAAACUUCGAAGGGAGCUUCUUACACCUACAUCAAAAGGUGGUGGUGGAGCUGGAGAAGGUUUUGAUGUUACAAAAAGCGGUGAUGCAAGAGUGGGUUUAGUGGGCUUUCCUUCAGUUGGAAAGUCGACACUCUUGAACAAAUUGACUGGAACUUUUUCUGAGGUUGCUUCAUAUGAAUUUACCACCUUAACGUGCAUUCCUGGUGUCAUCAUGUAUCGAGGAGCUAAAAUCCAGUUGUUGGAUCUCCCAGGAAUUAUUGAGGGUGCCAAGGAUGGAAAAGGUAGAGGAAGGCAGGUUAUCAGUACUGCAAGGACUUGCAAUUGUAUACUUAUUGUUCUUGAUGCAAUAAAACCAAUUACUCACAAACGUCUCAUCGAGAAAGAGCUUGAGGGAUUUGGCAUCAGGUUGAACAAGGAACCACCUAAUCUGACAUUCAGGAAGAAAGAGAAGGGUGGGAUCAAUUUAACAUCAACAGUGACCAACACUCAUUUGGACCUCGAUACCGUAAAGGCCAUAUGCAGUGAAUACAGAAUACAUAAUGCUGAUGUUCAUCUUAGGUAUGAUGCAACUGCUGAUGACCUUAUUGAUGUCAUUGAAGGCAGUAGAGUAUACACACCUUGCAUCUAUGUUGUGAACAAAAUUGAUCAAAUCACAAUGGAAGAGCUAGAGAUUCUGGAUAAACUUCCCCAUUAUUGUCCGAUCAGUGCUCAUUUGGAAUGGAAUCUUGAUGGCUUGCUCGAGAAGAUUUGGGAAUAUCUCAGUCUAACCCGUAUAUACACCAAGCCGAAGGGAAUGAAUCCAGACUAUGAGGACCCAGUAAUUCUAUCAUCAAAGAGAAGGACAGUGGAGGACUUCUGCGACAGAAUCCACAAGGAUAUGGUUAAACAAUUCAAAUA